AUGGCGUCCUCCUCCUCGUCGCAUCCCUCCUCGCACUUUGGACACCCGGUGUCGGACAAACUUACGCGGGACAAUUUCGUCUUGUGGAAAGCACAGUUCCUGCCGGCUGUUCGUGGCGCCAAGGUGCUCGGCAUCUUGGACGGAACUAUUUCUGAACCGCGACCAGUAAUAGAAGCUGAUGUCGACGGCAAGAAGAAGCAAAUCCCCAACCCAGAGCAUGACUCAUGGGUGGAAAAAGAUCAACAACUACUCAGUUACCUGGUGAACUCGGUCUCCAAGGAGGUCCUCGCUGGGAUUGCGACUGCAACGACUUCCGCUGAAGCAUGGAAGGCACUAGGAGUCAUGUUUGCAGCUCAAUCAAGAGCGCGGGUUACAAACCUACGCAUGCAAUUGGCCACUGCCAAGAAGGGAAGCCUGACGACGGCGGCCUAUUUCAACAAGAUGCAGAAUAUCAAGGAUGAACUUGCUUCAGCCGGCGUCACCGUCAAUGAUGACGAGGUUGUUGCUCAUAUACUCAAUGGUUUAGAUUUUGAUUAUCACCCGUUUGUUUCUUCUAUGAUGGGCCGAUCAGGGGAUCUUUCUCUUUCUGAGCUCUACUCGCUUCUAAUGGAGUAUGAUCUCCGACUCGAGAUGUAUCAAGGAACUGAGCAGCAUCAAUCCUCGGCAAAUGUGGCAUCUCGAGGUCGUGGAAACCGUGGACGCUCUGGGAGUCGCCAUAGUGGCGGCAGAUCAAAUCGAAGGUUUCCGGCAUCGAACAACAAUAACCAAAACUUCUCCAACAACCAAGGCAGCAACCAGCAAAGCAACAGGAAGACGCCGUGUCAAAUCUGCAAGAAAACAAACCAUGAAGCCAAGCAGUGCUACUUUCGCUAUGACGAAGAUGAGCAAUACCAUGGGCGACCCUCCGAAGCCUAUGGUGUGGACACAAAUUGGUAUGCUGACAGUGGGGCUACAAAUCAUGUGACUGGUGAAUUGGAGAAGCUCACAGUUCGAGAUUGUUACAGUGGGCAUGAUCAAGUCUACACUGCCAGUGGCACAGGACAAGGACACGAAAAAGAUCCUGUACCACGGUAGGUGUCGAGGCGGUCUCUAUCCGCUUUCAUCCAGUGCAUCUUCUAGAGGACAGAGGCCGAAUCCAGAAGCCCUUGCUGCUCAUACGCCAUCCACAUCCCUAUGGCAUAGCCGCCUUGGUCAUCCUGCUAUUCCGAUAGUUCAGAAGGUCAUUAGCUCAAAUAGUUUACCUUGCACUAGUAAUAAAAGUGUGGAGUCAGUCUGUGAUUCAUGUCAGCGGGCCAAGAGCCGUCAG